GUGAGUAAUAUACACCGAACCUAGAAGAAGAAGAAGUCUCUUCACUCUUCAGCCACAAAAACCCUCCGCAAACCCCCCAUUUCCCUCCCUCCUCGUUGCAGCACGACAGUCGACACCAUCUCUUUCUCUCUCCUCCUUCAACAAUGGCGGCUGUUCGCUCUGCAAUUCUGAAAUACAUGAGGGUGCCAGUAGCCCAAAACACUUACUCUCCAUCUUCGAUUUCAUCUUCCAUCAACUCCUUCUUCUCUCGCCGCAACUUUUCCGAUGAGGUCCGAGGUUCCUUCCUCGACAAGUCCGAGGUUUCUGAUCGCGUCAUUACCGUUGUCAAGAACUUCCAGAAAGUUGACCCUUCCAAGGUUACUCCCAAUGCACACUUCCAAAAUGAUCUCGGACUUGACAGUUUGGACGCUGUUGAAAUUGUGAUGGCUCUUGAAGAAGAAUUCCGCUUUGAGAUUCCAGACAACGAAGCAGACAAGAUCAACUCCAUCAGUAUGGCAGUUGACUUCAUUGCAUCUCACCCUCAGGCAAAAUAGAUAAGAGAGUUUAAGGGCCCCAUUCACUAUGCUCUCUAGUUUCAGAUGAAUAUUGCUUUAGAAGACAUAAUUAGGGCUGUUUCUUUUGCACGUUUAGACUAUUUUCCGUGCUUGUCAUAUACCCUCUUGAACAACCUUGAGGAAUUGAGGUGGUCUUUACCCCCUUUGUCCAAUUACAUUGUUGUUGCAUUUUAAGUGUGUGAUUCUUGUAUUUGGAGACCAUUUUUGCUGAGGCUGGUGUUACAACAGUAUCACGCCGCCUAAGAGAGUUGAGAAUAAUUACUGUAUAUCUUUAACAAGAUUGUAAUCGACUUUUCGAUCACAUUUUUUUUCUGUU